UACUUAUUGUUGCUUCAUAUGGUGAACUCUCCCUGCUAACACGCACACACCCACAUUCAUCCCUCACCCAACAGCCACCAUCCAACACUACAACCACCUGUAGGCCUCUCCCACCUUGCCCCUGCCUCCACCCGCAAGUUGCAACAAACACACUCACACUUAAAAUUACCACCUGCUACCUCUGCCUCUGUAUCCAGCACCGACAAACUCUCCCUCACCGCCGCAUAAACAUAUGCAACAAGUCAACAACAAUAAUAGCCGUAAAUAGCAGCCGCAAGCGUCAAUUUCAACCCCGUCGCCUCGUGCAGGUAGGUCGCUGCUGGUCGCCUCUAACUGAAUCGAGAAAUCGCAGCUGCUUGAAUAUUUACGGUUUUUGAGAAAAUGAGAAAACUUAAAUUAGCGGGUGAAAGGUUGAUUCAGCAAUAUUUGGUCUCAUGGCAACAAAGAUGUUUGUAGAUGAACAGAAGAAACGGACCAUGGAGGCAUUGGAACGCCGAUUUGCCGCUGCGAAAGCCGAGGCUCAGCCUCAAGUAAGGGAGAAGCGAAGGUGUCACGAGACGCUUUUGAAGCCUGCACUUGUUGGUUCUUCUAUAGGACCUUCGGCUGAAGCAUCAGCUGCUUCUGUGCAGAAUACUUCAUUAAAAAAAGACUUGGAAGGAGAGGGUCUUACUUACUCGCGUAUUUGUGAGUCUGUGCAUGCAAAUCUCCUGAUUACUGUAGAGCUAUCUAAUAAAGACAAGACUGCAGUUGAUAAAAUUUUGCACGAGCUCCUUCAGAAGGGUGAUUCUGCUCAGAAGUACAUUCAGGGCUCUAGGAGUGUAAAGUUUGAUAAUUGGAUUCUACUUGAUAAUUUUGUACAAGGGAAUAAUACAUCUGUCGCCCGCUUACGAGCAUUGCGUGCAAACUCCAAGCGUUCUAAGAGGCAUAUGUCCAUGAAACAGCUGAAAAAGUGUGGGUCCAAUCUGCCUCGGGACCUACUCAAAUUUGAGCUUUUUAUGCCAAUGCAUGAGAUGUGGCAGAAGUAUGUAAUGCAGCUUUUGAAAAACGGCGGGAAAAAUCAUGUGGCCCACUCUCUAUAUGUUGCAGAUCUCCAUGGUGCUAUUCUUCGAGUGGUUGACUGCAAAAUUGAUUCUUUUAUUGGGGUGGUCGGCAUCAUGAUCCGUGAAACAGCUGAGACAUUUGGAGUAGUUACAAAAGAGAAUAACUUUCGAGUUAUUCCAAAAAGGAACUCUGUUUUUGUAUUUCAAGCUGAUUGCUGGAGAAUCACAUUGCAUGGUGAUAAAUACACUUCAAGGAAGUUGGAUGCAUUUUAGUACCUUCAGUUUUACAUUAGAAUGUUACUGUGAUGAUGGUUGAUUGAACAAAAAUAAGCUGACUUUAAACUCGAGUUUACUGUGCUAUGGUCAGAGGCGGAGUUUGGAUUAUUAUCGGGGGUUGUUAUUACAGUGAAAAGUCUACUGAGUAUGUAAACCGAAGGUGCUAAUUUGUUAUCGACUCAUUUUUCUUGCUCGAUAUGUUUGCAGAGAACAUGAGGGUGCCAUUUCUUGUUUGAUAGUUACUGGAACAUAUUGCUUAUAACUUGGCUGAAUGUGAAAUGGUCUACUUGUUCUGGAAUAUUGGCAUCGAGUGCCAAUGAAGGGCUGUAGGGACUCCAUCAGAUGGUGAGAUGCAAAGAUUCUCAGACAUUGUGGCGGUUACAGGGAGAAUGUGAGAUCCUUCUAAUGACAGUUAGUCAGGAUAUCAAUGUAUUGUUGGUUAAUGGCUUGAGGUUUUGCUAAUAUAUAUCUUAUUAUUAUCAAUAUUGUUUUGUGAAAUUUUGAGUAAGACAGUGUAUUUUAUUCCAAAGUGGGUUACAGGGAGAAGCCUUUUACAUAUAGCUUGUACUACAAUUUUUGUGUGGAAAUUCUGGUACAUCAUCUGGUCUUAGCCAUUUGAUUUAAUUAUCUAAAAUAUAGAGAAAAGAUUAGGCUAUUUCCUAA